AUGUGUGUCAGAAAAGCACUUGUUGUCCGAGAGAAGCUAUACCAAGUUAAAAAGUUUCUCGAUCCUUUCAAGUUUUUGGCAAAUGCUCACAUGACAAGUUUUAUAACUCACAACUACUGGGAAACUCUUCCAGAAGAUAUUAGAACAGAGGCUUCAACUCUCACUGCAGAUGAGAUGUAUGAAAUAUUUUGGUUGUGGGGAAGAGACCCUGUUAACUUUCAAUUGCAAACGGCAAUUGGGAAAUUCUUAAAGGACUGUUGGGAUCUAACCCUUGCAUCAGAAUUGUUUAAUGACCUCCUCGUAUCUGAAAAAAUCUGUCAGGAACAACCCAGGUCUAAAUGUAUGUCCCUAAAAAAGAAUCAUGAAGUUAAUAAUUUGAAAGAGAAAGUUGCUAAUAUAUGUAAUACAAGUAAGUCAAACUGUGUUGUGGAUGUUGGAGGUGGGAAGGGAUAUCUUGGUACAUCUUUGGUGCUUGAGAAGAAAAUUCAAGUUUUGAGUAUUGACUCAAAAUCCGGCAACACCAAAGGAGCUGCCAAAGUGUUUGAGCGGGUUGAGAAACGAACUAACGCAUCCACUUUACCUAGCCCCUCAUAUCAACAUGCAACUGCUUUUGUGACUCCUGAAACAAACCUCCUUGAAAUUGUCAAUGAGAAAUUAGGAUCUAGUGUACGACACCAACUAUGUCUAACAGGACUACAUGUUUGUGGGGAUCUUGCAUCAACAUGUAUUAAGCUUUUCGUCAAGUCCCAUGCAGUUGUGUCACUGUGCACUAUUGGAUGUUGUUAUAAUUUAAUUACAGAAAAAUUUGGGAUUGAUGCAACUCCUGAAAAAAAAGAUGGUUUUGGUUUUCCACUCAGCAAUUUUCUUAUUGAAGAAACUUAUGUUUUAGGACGCAAUGCAAGAAUGAUAGCUUGCCAGUCAAUUGAAAGAAUUUGUCAUGAAAGAAAGGUGAUGAAUCCCUCAUUGUUCUGGCGUGCCGCACUCCAGGUGCACUUGCUUAGAUGUCUUGGGUCAGAAUGUGAGAUUUCUGUUGGUCGUCGUUGCUCAAAGGCAGGAAGCCUAUCUGAUUAUUUUCAUAGAGUACAACAAUGCUUGGAACAAAACUUGCAGCUCUCUGAAAAAACCAUAAAAGAAUUAGAGUUUGAAACCUGUGACUCUCAUGACAGAAUGAUUAAAUUUUACUGUUUAAGACUGGCACUAGCACCUGUCAUAGAAACACUCAUUAUAUUGGAUCGAUUACUAUAUCUCCAUGAAAAGGGCAUUGAAAAUGCCUUUAUCAUGAAGGUGUUUGAUGGUGUGAAAUCACCACGCUGCCAUGCCAUUAUAGCUAUGAAGAUGGAAGGUACCAUUGCCUAGCUCUGCUUCAAAAGGAGGGAAAAGGAAGUUAAGGAAAUCAUCAACUCAGUAAAAUGGAAAGAAAACUUGUUAUUUUCAAUAUAUAUUGUUCAACAAAUGCUUUUAUGACAAUACAAAACAUUAACAGGAUUAAA